GGUGGGGUGGAUACGGACGACAGCAAUGCCAAGACCUUGGCUGGAAGACCAAAGAGGUGUUGAGGGAGAACAGCCAACCCCUCCCCCCAUUACUCUUGAUGUUUCUGCCCCGCACAUGACAGCAUGCAACCAGGAACCUGAAGUGUAGAGUCGCUUGUCUCUUCUUGGCCAGGAGGCAGGGGAGCAAAGGUGACAAAAUAUUAGGGCAAAAUCGGGGGGCGGGGAGAAAAGGGGCAGGAAAUCUUGCAAGUUGCCCCUUUCAAAAUCGGAGGGUUUCUCUAUGCAGCCCGCCUGCCCUUUGCUUCUUCCUGCGAGUUGUUAAUCCUCUUUGUUUUGCUGUCGUUCGUACCGAACCUCACCCCUUGUACUGCCAGAUUCGUUUGGGAACGUGAAGUAUCAGGAGGAGUCUCGACCAGGCCAGGAGAGGCCACAACUCCCCUCUGGGUGCCCAGCGCCUGAUUCCUAUUUGGCUCCUGCUCCGAGAGAGACGCAGCGAAAGAGUUGAUCCUCCUGUUCAGCAUGCGAAGGGUGAAGGUGAACGGAACUAGACUCCUAGAGAGGAAGGGAAUCUGGAGGAGGGGGUCCUUGUCCACUGCACAAGCACCUCCCUCCUGCCUCGCUUCUCCCUUGCAGAGGGGGAAAUAGCGUUUAUCUCUCCCAAACGCUGCAUCGGCGCCCCUUGUGAGAACUGGACUCGGUGGCACCUCUAAUGUAGGACAGUGUUGUCCCUGAGACACAAAUUGGCAGGAGACGAAGGAGUUCCUUCAGCCCUGUUGGAAGCUUCCUUGGCACACAGAUCAAAAAAUGGAAGAGGAAGACUCAUUUGCCCCUGAAGCAGGAAGAGGCCUCGAUGCCAUCAAGACUGGGAGCAGUGGGGGAUUCUGGGAAAGAACCAUGCAGAAGAUCUGGAGUGAGGAGGAUGCCCUCAGCGCAGAUGUGCUGCACCUGCAGUUCAGGCAUUUCUACUACCAGGAGGCUGAGAGGCCCAGAGAGGUUUGCAGCCGACUCUACUGGCUCUGCCGUAAGUGGCUGGAGCCAGAACGACAGACGAAGAAUGAGAUCUUGGACCUGGUAAUCCUGGAGCAGUUCUUGGCUGUCCUUCCGCCGGAGAUGGAGAGCUGGAUCAGAGAAUGUGGAGCAGAGAGCAGUUCCCAGGCGGUGGCCCUGGCCGAAGGUUUCCUUCUGAGCCGGGCAGAGGACAAGCAGCAGGCGGAGCAGCAGGGAAAAGACACCAUUUUCCUUGAAGCCAAGAAGACUCCAUCAGGCACCAGACAGAGGCCACAGGGUGACAAAAUGAUGCUGGCAAGACCGCCUCAAGUGUCUCUUUCUGGCAGAGGGGAACUAGCUGCUGUGGAAGUGGAUCAGGGCCCAGUGUCCUUUGAGGAUGUGGCUGUGCAUUUCACGGAGGAGGAGUGGGCCCUGCUGGAUCCUGACCAGAGAGCUCUGCAUCAGGAAGUCAUGGAGGAGAAUUGUUGGAUUGUCACAUCUCUUGAAAGGGGCGACUUGGAAACCAAGAACAUGGGAGACAAUGACAAAAUCCACAGAGUGGAGAAGUCAUAUAAAUAUUUAGAGUGUGGAGAGAGCUCCAUUCAGAGAUCCUAUCAAAGAAUUGACAAUGGGGUGAAACCAUAUAAAUGCAUAGAAUGUGGAAAGACCUUUAGUCAGAGCGUCCAUCUCACUACCCAUCAAAAAAUUCAUACAGCGGAGAAACCGUAUCACUGCUUAGAAUGUGGAAAGAACUUCACCAGGAAGGAGCGUUUCACUUCCCAUCAAAGAAUUCAUACAGGGGAAAAACCGUAUCAGUGCUUGGAAUGUGGAAAGAACUUCAGCUGCAAGAGAAAUCUCACUGCCCAUCAAAGAAUUCAUACAGGGGAGAAACCAUAUCAUUGCUUGGAAUGUGGCAAGAGCUUCAGCUGCAAGGGAAAUCUCACUGCCCAUCAGCGAAUUCAUACAGGGGAGAAACCAUAUCAAUGCUUGGAAUGUGGAAAGAGCUUCAGUCACAGUUCCCAUCUCACAACACAUCAAAAAAUUCAUACAGGGGAAAAACCGUAUCAAUGCUUGGAAUGUGGGAAGAGCUUCAUCCAGAGGGAAAGUCUUAUUUCCCAUGAAAGAAUUCAUACAGGGAAGAAACCGUAUCAAUGCUUGGAAUGUGGAAAGAGCUUUACCAGAAGCACAAAUCUCCAUCAUCAUCAAAGAAUUCAUGUAGGAGAGACCUUCGGUCAGAGCUCCAAUGAAAGAAUUCAUACUGAGAAACCUCAUCAAUGCUUGGAAUGUGGCAAGAGCUUCAGCUGCAAGGAAAGUCUCACUUCACAUCAAAGAAUUCAUACAGGUGAGAAACCAUAUCAGUGCUUGGAAUGUGGAAAGAGCUUCCGCUGGAAGGAAAACCUCACUACCCAUCAAAGAAUUCAUACAGGGGAGAAACCCUAUCAAUGCUUGGAAUGUGGAAAGCGCUUCAGACAGAGCACCAGUAUUACUUCCCACCAAAGAAUUCAUACAGAGGAGAAACCAUAUGCGUGCUUGGAAUGUGGAAAGAGCUUUAGACACAGUUCCCACCUCACUUCCCAUCAAAGAACUCACACAGGAGAGAAACCAUAUCAGUGCUUGGAAUGUGGAAAGAGCUUUAGACACCGUGCCCAUCUCACUUCCCAUCAAAGAAAUCAUACAGGGGAGAAACCAUAUCACUGCUUGGAAUGUGGAAAGAGAUUUAAGAGAAGCACCGAGUUCCGUCUUCAUCAAAGAAGUCACAGUGGGGAUAAACCAUAUCAAUGUUCGGAAUGUGGAAAGAGCUUCAGCUGUAGGCAAAAUUUCACUGCCCAUCAAAGAAUUCACAGAGGGGAGAAACCGUAUCAGUGCCUGGAAUGUGGAAAAAGUUUCCGUCACAGCACAACCCUUACUAUACAUUACAGGAGUCACACAGGAGAGAAACCGUAUACGUGCUUGGAAUGUGGAAAGAGCUUCAGUCAGAGCUCCCAUCUCUCAACUCAUCAAAGAAUUCACAGUGGAAAGAAACCAUAUCAGUGCUUGGAAUGUGGUAAGAGCUUCAGUCAGAGCAACUCUCUCACUUCCCAUCAAAGAAUUCACAGUGGGAAGAAACCAUAUCAGUGCCUGGAAUGUGGAAAAAGCUUGAGCUGCAAGAAAAGUCUAAUUUCCCAUCAACGAAUUCAUGUUGGAGAGAAAACAUAAAAGUACUGGCAACUGGUGAUCACUGGACCUGGCAGUGCUGGUAAGAGGUCACGGAGGUAUGGCCAGUGAUGUGACACAAGUUAUAGCCAAGUUGUUCAGGUUUUCUCCCCACCCUUCUCUCUUGCAAAGUUACAGUGGACACUUAAGCGUUGCAGUUCUACAAAUAGCACUUAACUGAACUGAAAUGUGUCUUAUUUUGGUUCAGAAGGGCUCCCUGCUGUCACUGUUACUUCACUGCUAGGACAAAAGUUGUGUGAUUUCUGCCUAUUCUUGUUCUGUUCCCAUCCUCCUUUGCAAAGGAACAGUGGACACCUAAAUAUUACUGUUGUAUAAAUACUUACCAUCUAAGUGUGUCACCUUGGUUCAGAAUUGCUGUCACGAUUUCUAGUGUGGAUUCAUGCCCCAAUGACUGUACAUUUCUCAGAAGUAAGCCUCACUGAUUUCCUGCCUCUGAUUUUGAAUUGGGGGAGGUAUGUGUGUUUGACCAGAUUUGAAAUCAUGAAAAAAGACCAACCUAAAACUCCCAAGUCACUGUCUCUUAGCCUAAUCUACCUCCCAGAGUUAUUGUGAGGUAACAUUGGGAAAAGGAGACCUAUGAAAUGAAUGCCCCCUUGUGCUUCUUGGAGGAAAGGUGGAAUGGAUAUAAAUGUAAUCCUGAUAAAUAAGGAAAAUAAAAAUAAAGUCCUUCUCUAA